AUGAAGACUUCUGGCGGAACAAAUGUCCGGGUUGCGGCCCGAUGUAGGCCCUUCAAUGGUAAGUAAGCUUCGAUUUCUGUCAAUGUCGGAAUUCUAUUGUAUGAUGGAAGUUCUAGCUCAAAUAGAUGAACCUUGAUCCGAGUGAGACUCUGCAGUAACUUCAUCAGAUGAUAAGGCUGUAUGUCUGCACAAUAUCUUUACUACUUAACGUUGUUGUUUGGCACAGAAUAAGUUUUGUUCGAGGAAUUACAGCUGUUGUUUUGAAGAUUGAUGUAUGCGUAGGCUUCAGUCGAUAAUACCCUGCAAGCUUUUGUCGAAUUGGUAAUUCUAAAGCAUGAUAGGCCUCGAUCCAGCUGUGAAUCUAAGAAGUAUCAAUGGUUUCAUCCGAUCAAUUAAGUUCAGAUCAGAUCUAGGUUUUGUUUUGGUGUUUUGAAGGAUUGGCUAAUAUACAUUUAGGAUGUUAAAUUUGGUAAGUUAUCUUUCGUCUUGAUCUCUUUCUAAAAAAGAAAGCAAUAUAUCAUUCCAUACUAAGUGUACUAUUUCCUGCUAUAUUUAGUACAGGAAAAAUAUAAAUAUGAUAUUCAUGAAUAAAUUCAAAUUAUUUGAGAAACCAAAUUGGAAAGUUCUUUUUCACACUUUGAUUCAAAUUUUAAAUAGCUGAUCGAAAUUGCUAGACAUCUCUUUGUCCUUUUUUGGGGCUUUGCAACUGUGCUGAGUUUUCAGGGAAAUGUUAUGUAGAAAAUUAGUUACACACUUCCCAUCCUAAAAGCACAAGCACUUAGAAGGGCCGAUCUAAGCCAAGAUGAAAUCCCUCCCCAUACUCCUCUCCCCAUUAAAAAAAAAGCUAAUAAGGCUAGCCUAUCAUAGACUCAAGCUCCCAUGACCCAUUUUGGGGUAGUAACAAUGCCAUUACUAUACACAUGCGAGUCUGGUGAUAACUACUAUUCAGUUUUUGAAACAUCUGUUCUUAUCUCUAGCAACAUUCCUUUUCUUGAUAAUGCUCACCCACACAAUUGAGCUCUAUGAUCAAGAUGCAAUCUGAGGGAAAAACAACACCCUUACUACAAGUAUUCUAAUAGGCACCCUCACUGUUGAGGCUGGGGUUUUAAUGACGUUAAUUAUCCACAGUCUCCCUUUGUUUGUAAGAUCUCUUGUUAUUUCUGUUUAACCUGUGAGCAGGCUCUUGCAUUCGUUUUUUUCCCUUUGAUGGCACAGCCACCUUAUUAUACCUUUAACAGCCACUUAUAGAAAAAGUUCUUGAAACUUCUUUACAGUAGGCUGCUCUCUCUCUAAUCCCCCCUCCCCAUCCAGAAUUUUGAGUAUUUAACAAGACCCUUUUCUGUCAAUCCUCCUUGACCAAAACCUCUCAAUGGAUAGUGCUAUUAGAUUUUAUUUGGGCUAUUUAGCCUUCCAUGUGUAAGAUUUGCUUGCAGUUGAAAUCCUGUUUUGGUUUUUGUUUUAGACAUUGCACAUUUUCAACUACAGCAAUGUUUACUAUACACAGUUGUCAUUAAAUUUGGGCAACAGUUCAGAAGCAAAAAAAUAAUGAGAAUUGUCUUGGUCCUCAGUAAGUUUAGAUGAAUUUCCUCCCUGAUGUGCUCCCCUCUAUAAUAAGUCCCUUUUUUAAAACCCUUUAACUCUCAAGAUCUGUUUGUCAAUUCUCCCCUCUUGCUGCUACACAUUUCUUUGUAAAUUAGUUACAAGAAUUUGGUGUUAAAUCAAGGUGACAAUUGCUGCCUGAUAAGUUUGAGAAUUCUCAUUACCUGUUUCAUUUUCUGGAUAAUUCAUGGAUAUUGUUAGCAGAAACUGUGUUUUAAUUACUUCUGGAAUUUAAAGGAUUAGGAACUGGAAACUGAAAGGUACCUUGGGUACUUGUUAGGAUGUUUGAGUAAUAUGCCAAGAGAAAAUUUUACCAAAUCAGAGACAGCCUCAAGAUCUACAAUGCUCAUUUUAUCCUCCUUCAUGUGACUCAAUUUAUUUUAGUGACCAUGGUCUAACUUAAUAAUCAUUAUCACUCAACAGAGAGUGAAAAGGGAAGGGCUGCCACUAGAGUGGUCAAAAUGAGUGCGGACAAAACAGUGAUACACAAUCCACACCCUGGGACAAACACCAAGGUGAGGACUUAACAUCGCCUACAGCAGGUCACAAUGUGCCAAAGGAAUCAGAUCUUACGAUAGUUGUAUUGCUGCCAUCAUUAUUGUCAAGAUCAUCAUAGAUAAUGAUUACAAUUAAUUAGGUUUUGUAAGCAACUAUGAAAAUACAAGACAAGUUAUCAUAAGAGCAGGCCAGCAAAGUCCAGAACAUAAGUAAAAAAAAAAUUGAUGUCAGUGCACUGUGGGAAGCUCUUUAAGUUACAUUGAUGCACCGCAGGAGCUCCUUGGGUGAGGGACUCGAAAAGAAGGGACUAUAGACUGUGCCUCACUCUGAGCUCCUGUGGCACAUGGACAUCACUUCAAGAGCUCCCCAUGGUGCACUAACAUCAGUUUUUUAUUCACUGAUUUUUUUUUACUCAUGUGAUGGACUUUGUCAAACAGGAGGCAGUGCUCAUAGUCUAUCAUGCGAGUAAGUUUUUAGGGCAUGAACACAUACAUGAACACAUGAUGGCCUUCCCUCUUCAUUGAGGUACUGUAUAUGUAUUGUGAAUUAAUUUUAUUACAAUUCUUAUUUUCACCUCUGAACUAUUUUCAUUCAUAGGAACAUAACUUCAGUUUUAAUCAUAGCUACUUUUGGGACACCAAGACUGUAAGUGAUAGAAAUUAAUACUAGUCUAAUAUGUUUUUAUUUAUGUUAUAUAUUUAUUUAACAGUUAUUAGUUUGUAGUCUAAGCACUAAACAGCAGCAUAUAUAAUCACAAUUAGUAUUAACAAUUUGGUAAAUAAGAAUAUAAAUUAUAACUUACAACAAAUUUUGUGUCUUAAACUUUCACCUUCUUGUUGUCUUUAGGAACAAAUUUUUUAUGAUCUUGGAGCACCAUUGUUGAAGAAAGCUUUAGAAGGUUAUAAUGCAACCCUCUGUGCAUAUGGCCAGGUAUGUUAACUUUACACAUUUAAGAACAAACCCACUCUCCUUCCUAGAAAAGAAAAGUAAUUAAUAUGUAGUUUAAGUGGUAAGCUUCCCUGCCAUUUGACAAUUCAUAUCUUCUGGUGUAACCUCCUGUCUUGAGCAAAUCCUUCCUUUGAACAACUAUUGUACCAAUUAAAAGAAACAAAAUUUUGCCAUGGCUGAUAGGCUACUGUGACCACCAAUACCUCUGUUGCCGUAAUUAAAAUUUCAUAUCUAUUUUAAGCUCUCCUAUAUUUAAGUGUUUGAACUUUUCAAUGGCACUAAAAGGUAUAGUGAUUAUUAACUGUUGAUUGAGAAUCCAGACUAGCCUUUAAGGCUUACAGAUAUACCACCAUCUUCUGGAAUUACUCUAAACUUGUAUUCUUUUACAAAGUGUACAGUUCUUAAGAUGAUGAUUUCAAGGCCUGUAUUGGGUUUGGCUCUUAACCCCUUAACUCCCAUGAGUGACCAAGACAGAAUUUCUCCUUUCAAUAUCAAUAAAAUGUCAACCAGAUAUGUGAUGAGAAUAAAGAAAAAUAUCAAUUUGGGGAUAAUUAGUUGAUCCAAUACUGAAUUCUCGGAACUAACAUUAUAAGAAUUGCAUGGUUGACAGUAAGGAGAAUAACAAAUUUGAUCUGGGAGUUAAAGGGUUAAGGCGUGUAGCCCCUUUCUCCCCCUCCCCCUCCCCCUUCCAUUUCUCCACUUCUUUUACUUUUACAUGUAACCAAUCAACAGCCUAGCCUAUGCCAAAUUGAUGGACAUGUUUCUGGAUGAGUUGAAGUCUCCUUGUGGCAAGCUUUGACUUAAGAUUUAAACCCCCUCUGGUCUGCUUUCCAAGGGUAACCACUGCUAUAAGCAGUGGCACAGGGUUGAUGUAAAGCUAGUGACUGGUUCUUUUUACUGGAGAUCCAUUUAUUGUAAAUUGAACAGUUUUGAUGAUGUCUCUAAUUCUGUCAUUGGUUGGUAUUUGUCGACAAUAUGUCUACAGACUGGAACUGGUAAAACAUACACAAUGAUGGGAACAGAAGAAGAACCUGGCAUUAUUCCACUGGUAAGAUGCCCUUGAUGAAUGAUUUUAAAAUAAUAAUCCUUGUCAAAAUGAUGUGCAUGUAGCCUUGCUAUACUUUACCUGUAGCAUUUUGUACAGCUUCCCUGACAGUUCACAGAUACCCAAUUAUAUUCCUUGGUAGAGGGAGGCACAUUGAUAGGUAAGUGUCUUGCUUAAGACACAACGCAAAGUUAUAGCCUCUUGAACUGUGGUGUCUUGACCUGGUGUCUGGCAUGCUCACCCUUGGGCCACUUCCUCUCCCCCAAUGUCCAUGAAAAGAUGGUUAAAAUUUAUCAACUGCAUGAUUUCUUACACUUCAGCUUAACCAAGAGCUGUUCAAGCAUAUUGAUGAAGCUCCACCAAGCAAGCAGUUUUUUGUCACUGUUUCGUUUUAUGAGGUGAGAUUUUUUUAAGGAAUUCCUCCCUACAUGGAAGCAUUUUGAAUUUGGAAAUCAAGCAGCAAGUUUAUCAAGCACUUGCAAUUUAACCUGAUCUGUGAGAUUCAUCAGCUCUGCUCAAAAGUGUUUAAUUCUUAAUAGAGAUGUUUCAAACCUUUCCUGAUUUUUCUACAUUGAUAAGCAGGAAAUUUCUCCUCAGAAUUAAAAAAACAUUACUCAAGAAGGGAUUGCUGUUUGUAGUAAACCUUGAUUCAACUUUGUAGGGUGAUUUUCACUUCACCUGAAAAGUCACAAAAUUCUCUUAAAAAAGUUACAAGGAAAAGUAUCAAAGCUAGAUGGGGGAAACAAGAAUCAGAUUGUUGUUAUCAGAUGUUAACAGGUUAUCAGCCAUUAGCUUGUUCAGGUAAAAGCUGGGCUGUUUACUAAUUUUGUUUUUAUUGUUAUGGUUAUCGUAGAUUUACCAGGAAAUGAUGCAUGAUCUGCUGAACCCAACAGGAAAGAGCCUUACAAUCAGGCAACAUCCACAACUGGGAAUGUAAGCUUUCUAUUUGAUGUUCAGUAGAAUAAUCUACACUAGGGCCACUCUAGUGAUCAUAAAUGAUCAUGAGACAUUUUCAAAACUACUACAUAGAACCAGUCAGAUUUACAGUUGUUUUCUGACCAUUCACAGCCCAAGCAGUGUAGAUGUGGAACAUGUCUUAUGGCAAGGGCUAAGAUUACUUUCAUUAUUAGAUAAAAGAUGUCAACCUGCACUUCCUCGCCUGCUUGUCAAUGCUAUGUCCAUAUCGUUUACCAAAGUGGGCUUUUAAACAAGUGAAUGAAGUGUUUUGGGGGAAGAGAAGUUCAAAUGUAAUCAAGGCUUUCCACUUAAAUGUUUCAAGGUCUUUUGAAAAGGAUUGUAAAAUGAAAAUGUAGAUUGGGUCAUCAAAGCUGGAUAAGAUUGUGAACUGAUCAAUAAACUUUUAUUUCUGAUUGUUCUAGGUGAUUGCUUUACUAUAAACCUGCUUGAUUUCUUUUUUUUGCAGUUUUGUUGAGGGCCUUGCUGAGCUUGUUGUCCAAACUGGUGAAGACAUUGCACGUCUCUUUGAACAAGGAAAUAGAGUUAGGAAAUUGGCAUCUGCUGACAAGAACUCUGGUGGUGCAAGGUAAUGAGGCUGCUCUCUUCUCCCAGACCAAAGCCUUUUUAAUAACUAGACAGUCCAUUUUUGAUCUUGUGUUUUGUAAACCUAAAGCUUCUAGGAUACCUCAAGAAUACACAAUGUGUAAGCACAUAGGUUAAGUGUUAUGGCUAUUUACCCUUACAGAGUCCUAAUGCUUUAAUUUGGUAUUUACUGAUUUUAUACACAUGUAGGUCAGACUGUGUUUUCACCAUCCAUGUGGAACAGAAGCGCAAUGGUGAAUCUGCUGAAAAAGGCAUCAGAUCAAAGAUAACCUUAGUUGAUAUGGCAGGUAUGGAUAGUGUUGAGAGCUUUGAUUCAGAAAACACAGGGAAAAAAAUGGCCGUUGAUGUCAUACACUUACUAUUGCAAUCUUUGUUUGUUUUUGUCAGGGUCUGAUCAGAAGGAAAACGUAGAUCUCAAUAUUCAAAGUGAAGGUGCUUUCUUAAAUAAAGGGUGAGUCCAGAAAGGAUAAAUAUGUACUUAUUCUUUAUGGACAGUCAUGUAACGCGUGAGUAGUGUAUAGGGUCACUCUUGGUCCUAACCAAUCAUAUGUCGUUAUUUAAUACCUCGUGACGCAAAUAAACUAAUCAGAUGUCGUGAUUUUAAAAUUUCCUAGAGUUUUAAAAUCGCGACAUCUGAUUGGUUCGUUUGCGUUACAUGGUACUAAAUAACGACAUAUGGUUGAUUAGGACCAGAGUGACCCUUAACAUCAUUAACGUGUGGGACACAUGAGAGAGAAACUUAGACUUUUAAAGUAGGGGGUAUUCCUCUUAGUACUGUGGUUUAUUUUCUGGCCAAGUUUAACUACCUGGCAAUUAUCACGGGCUGGAUACGCCUGAAAUAUCAGGAGAGAAGUGAAAGAUUGCUUUUGACUUAAAUUUAAACAAGAUAACCACCCUUCCUCAUUUGUGACUAUUCUUGUCCAUUUUGUUAGGAUCCAGUCUUUGAAUGCUGUGCUCAGUGCAUUGGCAGAUUCGAAGAAAAAAGAUGGUCACAUUCCAUAUAGAGAUUCAAAACUGACAAGAAUAUUGCAGGUGAGUUAGAAAUAAACCUGAAAGCUCAAGCAUAAUGUUCUAGCGAACACACGUCAAAACGAAAAAUUGAAUUUUACCCUAGACUUCAAGCACUUCUUUCUUUUCGGCGAAGUUUGUCGCGCGAUUUAAAAAAAAUCAACCCAAAAAAAAAAAAAUGAUGUCAGUGCACUGGGAGGAACUUUCGUUUGUGUCACUCUCAGAGUUCCACGCGGCGCGCUAGCGUCAAUUUUUCCGCUGACUGUUCUUGAUUCGCGCGACAACUCCGCCGAAUGGGAGGGAUUGUUCGUAAACUAAUUUUUCACCGGCCUUUUUUUUCAGCCGUUUGUCAACUUAAAGUGAAAGCAUUUUCGUUAGCUGUGAACAACACUUUGCAAUUUGUUAUUUUUCUUUGAGUUAAUUUAAGUUUUUUUUAAGGAUUGAUCUGCUGUUGCCAUUAACGUCAUGAUAAAAUACACUUAUAUUAUUUCAAACUAAAAUUGCUUUUUUUGUUUUGGUUUUAGGAUUCUUUUGGAGGGAGUGCAUAUACAGCCAUGAUCACGACAGUGUCACCAGCAGGUUAGAAGACUUAUAUUAGUUACCAGUUUCUCCUCACAUGACCACAAUUCGUCAAUAGGAGAGGCAAAGGGAACCAAGGGAAUCACAACCUCGUUCCCAUGGUCCAGGACUAAGGUCGAGGAGAUCAUUCAACAGCUUUGUUUUGAAUUUUUUUUACUUGAUAGUAGAUAAAAACAGUAAAGGAGAUUGACGCUCCAAGUCUUAAACUUUGGGGGUUAAAAGCAAAGUAAAUUUAGAUGGUGUAUGCUUUCCUUCGUUUUGAUUUUCCCUGAUCCACUUCUGACAGAUUCUGAUUACGAAGAGACCCUAGCCUCCAUGCAGUGUGGAAAUAAAGCAAAGCUGGUCGACAAUGCUGUCAAGAAAAAUGAGGUAUUAACCGGCCCAUAACUUUGUGAUUGGUUCGGGAAAUUUGCGCCACCCUCCACCAAAUCAGAUGAGGUACUGAUACCUAUCGCAGCUCAGUGUCUCAAAUUUUUCCGCCCUUAGAAGGUGACUUCAAUCGCACAAUUCAAGGGUAAUUUCUGAUGGAGUUUCGAAUGUAAUCUGGAGUUUCAUAAAUUUGCUUUCCUUCGCUCUGUGAUUGAUCUAGAAAAUUCGCGCCACCCUCUCGACAAAUCAGAUGAGAUCUAAGUCAAUCACGACUCGUCCAAUCGCGAUUUCCCGUGGUUUGCCUGUUUCUGUCUGUGAGCUCGCAUUGGUGCUUUGCCAUAUUUUCCAUUGUUUUGAUUGGCCGUUGUAAUUACUUAGGCUUUACGACGCUCAGUCGAAGAGCGCCCUAUUUUUCCUUGUUCUGAUGGGUUGUUCUGUUUAGUUGUACGAUACUGUGGCGGAAACGCUCUUUUUUACUCACUGACGUCUUGUUUUGUAAACUUCAGAUAGAGAACACCAAAAUUAUCCAAGACCUUAGAGACGAGAUAGCUCGUUUACGAGAGAAACUUGCGACUUCUGGCAGAACAGCAGAAGCAAGCAAGGACGAUGUUUUACAGAUGGAGGUGUGUAUUUAGUUUUUGAAAGUUGAAAAAAUCUGAGCCUGAAAUAUAUAGGCUUCAUAUUUUGUUGUUGACUUCAAGUUGACAUACAUAGUUCUUGAAAGUAACGCAUUUAUCAGAAAACUUGUAUGGACAAACUCUGUCUGAUUCUUCUUCUCUAGGAGCUUAUAAAGGAUUUACAGACAGCUAAGCGGCAAACUUGGGAGGAACGAGAAAGAUUAUCUGAGCUCGACGAUGAAGAGCGAAGGAUAACGUUGGCAAAUAAGGUGAUUUUGACUUAAAAAGAGUCUGCUAGUUUCCUGCAUCACAAAACUUUGGAUGUGUGGUGGUGGUGUAACCAAUCUUUUUAAAGGCUGGUCAACUGAAAAAAGAGUACUUUGGCGUUGCCUGAUAGGUUACCCCGGACCUGGAAUUGCAUUUGGUAACGUUGAUGUCAUGCACUGAAAAUUCUUUGUUGCCUUUGCAGUUUAGAGCAGCCAAUUAUUCUGAAAACGUAAACACAGGCAAAAAAGGCGCCGUCGAAACAAAAAAACAAACAAUUUGUAAAUUUACAAAGUGUAAUGUAACAUCCACCUGUCACUCAUAUGCGUGGUGCUGUAAAGGAUAUUUGAGGUAACCUGUGUUGAUUUGACCUCAGGGCAUCUUGGACUGGGUUAUGGACAGCACCAAACGUGACAACAAAGAGGUACAGGAGAAACUGAUGGCCCUACAAAAGGAAAAAGACCAGGUUUGUGAAAACACGAUAUUGUUUCAUAUGUUAUCAGGGAAAACCUUCAUCUUAAUGGAGUAACUAAAAACUGAGUAAUUUCUGCCAGUUUUCCUGCAAAUCGUUUCACCUUUCUUGCGAUUCUCUUAAAAUUUUGGGUAGUCAAGCUAUUUAAAACCGAUCGCGUUGUUGUAAAAGCACUAUUUACACAGAUCUCACGGAUGUCGUGCAAUGAAUACUCUUACGGUUUCCUUCAUAGUUGACGGCCGAGUUUAAAGAGAAGCGAAAACUCGUGGACGGACUCAAAGAUGAAUUGCAAGUAAAGAUUGCUGACUACUCCAAGAUGGCAGAAUCUGGUAAGGAAUAAACCAAAAGAAAUUAUGUUUUCGCCUCAUUAUCUGAAGAAAUAUUUUGAGCUGUAAUUGAAAGAGAAUUAGUCUUGUCUGAAGUCAGUAGAAGAAGACCACGCCCAUCUUAUCACUGUUUCCUUACUCGCACCUCAAUGAAUUCGUGUGUUUGACUUGUCAAGUAGGUUGCAGAAGCGAUUAAAAUGCUCCAAAAACCUUUCUGAACGUGAAGGGUUUUCAAGUAAUCGCCGAUUUCUUUGUUGGUAUGGGUGCGCUGGCUCCUUAAGAGGAAAGGGUUCCCUCCACAGCCGCUCAAGGAUGUCACGUAACGUGGAAGAGUCGUUGCGUGACAUCUCAAAAAGGCGAAAGUUUUCGGUUUUAAAACUCGGAAAAUUGGGAUAUAAAGGUAACUUGUUGAGUCGUUUUGUAAUUGCAAGGUAAAAGCAACGAGGAUGAAAAUAAGUCCCGAGUGGCUUCCAUACACGACUUGAAGGAAAAACUGAAAAGUGAGAAUGACGAGUUGAAGAAGAUUAAACACCAGUUGAAAGAAGUGCAGGAGAAACAGAAAGCUGAAAAAGAGGUAAGCUGGCCUUCCUUUUAACCCUGUGAUAAAUAAAGAUAGGUAAAAAAUGUCUGAUGUUUUUAGUAGCGUGGAAAGUAGAAAAAUCAUGAUCACCUUACGAGGAUUCAAACCACAAACCUUCUGACUUGGAGGUCGCUUGCUCUGUCAUCUGAGAUACACAGAAAACAUUGGGGAGUCAGGUCACUUUAGGUUUAUAUGUGACUAGCGUUCUGCAUACAGCUAAGUACGAUCGGAAUUUUAGAAUACAUUCUGGGUGAGAGAAAGCAUUAUGUCCGUUAUGGACUGGGGAGUUCUACUAACGAUUUAAUUUUACUUUUUGUGAAUGUAACGAUGACCAAAUGAGUUUGGGUACGUUUCUGGGUUGGUUUUGAAGGAAGAAAAUACCUUGUACGUUUGGGUCGUAAAAGAGCAAUGGCAUAUCGCACCUGGGAACAAAAAAACGCUAGACAUUUCUUGAACGCGCACUGUUUUGUGCGAGUCGAAGGGCCAAAUUGUAAGAGAUCACCGCGCCUCACGAACUAUCAAUGAGGUGGUCUUUACUUUAACUGAACUCUUGUGCAAAACUUGCUGCAAAAUAACCACAAGAUAGAUUACAUUUUGUGCUUCAUCCGGUGAAAAUUGAAAUGAAACAGUAACAAUGUUCGGGAAACGAAAUUAUGUUUCGUUUGAAUUUUAACAGGAAGCCAAAUCACAAACCACAUUUUUGAAAGGAAAUGCAGAACUGCGGUACCGGAUUGAGGUAAGCGUGAAAAUUUUUUUUUGUCUAGACCGUUUAUCAACAGCAAUCCCUCAGUCAGGCUUUUUUUAUGGAUGGCCACUCCCUAUAUAAUACCUCCAAAAAUAGUUCUUUGUAAUGCUUCGAAAGUUUUAAUGAUUUGUUCGCGAAAUUGUGUGAAAGAUAUGUUUUUUGCGUGCGCUCUAGCUCUCACGUUGUUGUAUCGUUUCAUUCUCAAAAUGUUGAUUAUCCUUAAUCUACUUUUUGAAAUACUGUAUCUUUAUUUGCCUCUUAAUUUUUCUGACGUUUUUCUUCAGACUGAACGCCGCGAGAAAUACGAGAAGGAGAAUUCUCUCACAUUGGCAGACGAGGUAGACAGGGUCAAGAUGGAGGUGGAGCAGGAAAAAGCUGAGUUACAGGUAAGAAUUCAUUAAUUCAAGUGUUGAAGUCUAGAUUCCUGAAUCAGACGAUACAGCAAUAAUCUAUCUCCAUCGAGUCAAUGUUGUGAAGAGUGAAUUAGCCCGCGGUUUUCUUUGCAUGACAGGACUUUAAAACUCGAUGAGAGUCUUGCUCAAAGUUUUUUUUCAAAUCGAAAUUGUUAGAUUUAAGACACGGACACCACUUGCUUGUGUUUCGAAUACUUAAACAAAGAGAACCAAACGUUCACAUACGCUGACAAGUUAUUAUAUCAUGUGAAGAAAAUGUUGGUUUUAUCGACUGAGUUGAUAACGUAAAUUGGCCACCGUAAAGAGUUUCAAGGCUAUAAUACCAAAAUUAUAUUUAGUUAUACUCCCCCAGCGACGCAGCACCACAGUUUCUUUAGAAACCUAUCACCUUUAUUAUACCAUGUCGCUUGUUUCUAUUAGUUGAAGGCUGCAGAGGGCGUACAGUACAGCACUGAUCAGGCCAUCAAGCUAGAAAUGGAGCUGGUGGAGUUGAAAGCCGAACGGACUGUUAUGUCAUUGCGGGUAAGCAAAUCUUCGUCAAUGUAAAAAGUCUUCUUAUUUUUAAAAAACCAACCCGACGAUUUGUAUUGUCACGGGCAGAUCAGCCAAUGGGUGCAACAGUCAGGGUAAGAAGUUUGCCCUGACUGUUGUACCUAUUGGGUGGUCUGACUGGGGUAUUAUCGAUUGGACAAUUCAUUUUGGGUGCAUUUCGAUGAAGUGUUGUCAAACCAAAACUUAAAUAAUCAGCAUAGCCAAUGAGAACCGAGUAGGAUGUCGCAAGGAGCCAAUGAGAACUCACCAUAAAACAAGCAACCUUCCCAGGGUGCGGAAAACUGCAUGUGAUUAAGUCGCGAUUGGUUUACUGUUGAAUCUGAUUGGUUAAAAAGAUGGUGCGAAUUUCUGGACCAAUCACAGUGCGAAGUAAAGCAAAUCCAAGGUAAUUCCGUUUAGUUUUCACGCUCAAUCAAAAUUUUCCUUUAACUGCUAAAUGCAAUUUUAUCAAACGUUUUUGCCCUUUUUAAUUUUGUGGGCUUGACAUCCAGUCGCUGUUCGGGAAAUGGACCCGUGCUCCUCCCUCUUAGAGUAGAGACCUCGACCAAAUUUGAGAAAGCGGUGGAAACUGAACAUAUUAACCAUGUAGUGAUGGUUUUAAACUUAAACUUUAAUACAAAUUCCAAAAUUAAUUACAUCGAACAAGUCAAUUAAAUCAAUAUGAGGACAGCGUAAAACAGCAUACAAGAUUCCUUAGGAUAAGCCGUCUUGAUUACUUACCUAGUUAAAAAUUUUGUGCUAAAAACAGUUACAAAAAUACCUUUAAAAUACUUAAGUUACUUAAGUAUUGUGGUGGUGGUUUUUUAUGUUUGUUUUAUGAUUCUUUGUGAUGGUUUUUAAUUUUUUUUUCAUUGUGGUGAUGGUUUUUAUACAGAUUCAAUCAGUAACAGAGGAGAAAAAGCGUUUGAAAGCAGACUUGGACGAAGCUUACAAAAGGCAUAAAGAAGAACUGGAAAUUCAACAGCUUCAACAUUUUCAGGUGAAUAUUGGUGGAGAGGGAGAAAAUUGGCUGAAAAAAGGGAAAGAGGAAUAAUGAGUGGCUUAGCAAGAAGAGAGGGACUAGCUGUAAUGCAGCUUAAUUUUUUUGUAUGCUUGAAGAGAGGUUUUACCCCCCCUCCCCUCCCUUCCCACCAGCGCAUGGAAGCUGGUGGGGAGAGGCGUACGAAUACGAUUUGUAACGCGUUAAUUUUCCUCUUGCCCAAGUAACUGCCCACUGAGGUAGUCUUGAAGCAUGAAAUUUUAAUAACGUUUUUUUUGACAAUUUUGUACAGACGUUUCGUAACUACCGAGAAGUGUUCGAGGAUCAGAAAGCAGCCAUUGAACAGCGCUACCGAACGCUGCUAGAAGAAGCGAUACAAGAUGCUGUGUUCCUAUCCACAAGGAAUCAGGAACUUAUGCACGAGAAUCAGGUGCUAAAACAAGGUAACGAAACAACCACGUUGUGACUUGAUACUGACAUCUUUCCAUAUUGGUAUAGUAGGUCGUGAAGAUUGCUGUAUAUUAUUGAGCGUUUUGGUAAUGAUUUAAUUGAAAUACAUAGUAAUGCUAAGUUUUAUUCCUGCUCGUUAGAGUAAUCCUAUAAACCCUAAGAGUGACUUGCAUCUAAUUUCUCCCCUCAAUAUCACUCCUAAAUCACAUAUUAAGGUCAUGAGAAUAAAGGAAAUGAUCACCAGGGAAAGAAGCUUUUGAUUGGCAAACAGAUUCUCCUUGUCAGCACCUUAGGAAAUAUGUAAAGAACAGUGUGGAGAAUAUGCAUACUGAUGUUCGGGUGUAAAGGGUUAAGUGUCGAAAGUAAUCCGGGACUACUUCGGUUUUGCUUGCUUCGCUCUGUGAUUGGUCCAAAAACUCGCGCCAUCCUCUAACCAAUGAAAACAAAACUAAAUGCAGCUUUAACUUGGUCGCUCGUUUCCUGUUUUAACUUUGAGUUGUCAUGGGCCCUUUGUGAGAUUUUCCUUAUCUCUUUUCAAUACGUUUGUUCUCUUGUUUUCUCCUCUGUAGAAAUGGCUGAACUGAAAGACCAAGUGUCACUAGGGGGAGCGGAUUAGAGCCAAGUAUAGUUAAAAAUGGACUUCCGGCUGAAGGAGUUAUUCCAUCCAUGAAGUGAACUGUAAACUUUUUGCUGCUUUAACUUUUUUACCUCUUGACAAUCUUAUUUGUAAAUACAUUUGUUUUAUUUAUUUGCACGUAUCGUUAGUCAACGCUUAUUUGUGAUGAUGACAACAGUCUUUUAAAUAAGCUUUAUUCGCCUGCAGGACGGGUGAUAUGGGCAGGUUCUCUAGUUCCUGGGUUAAUCUAAGGCGGACACGAGCAUGAAGCAUGCUCGCGCCAGUCUUUCAAUCGUGUUCCCGCCCCCACCCCCACUCAGGUCGUCAGCUUAGGAGUAACCUGCACCAUAAGGGUCUGUAUUUUAAUGUAAGUUUGUUUGAAAAAUAGCAAUCAGUCAUUCGUUUUAUUUUUGUUUUUGUUUUUUUGUUUUUCGGAAUGAAUUUAUUUGAUAUUUGGCGAGUCCGUCGCUUAUAUGUGAUGUUUUAGUAAACUGAAAGAAGAUUUUUCGAUUCAAAGAAUUGUUGACGUGAUUGAUCUGUACAACUGCAACAUUGACUAUGUUGAUAUUUUUUUAAUUAUCGACUCUUCUCUGGUUUCAGUUUUUUCAGAUCUUUUGCGACUAAAAUUGAUUUGUCUUUUCAUUUUCAAGUAGCUUACAUCCACAAUUUUAAUUUAUUGAAUAGUUUCAAGAUUUUUAAAA